AGAGAGAGAAAAGUUUAGAUUGUCGGCGGUCGUCUUCGUGAACUCAGGUGCCAUGUGUCGUUUUCGUUCUCGAGACAACUCGUCAGGCUUUCCUUAGAAACCUCAACGUUCACGCAUUGCUUGCUGGCAGUAUCGGUGCAAGAGACAGCGAGGGGUCCAAAUCAGUCAUCCGCAUGCUUUUACUGCUACUAUUGCUGGCCAGAAUAUGGGCAGCAGAGAGCAACGUUGGAAGUUUGAGUCGAGGGAGAGGGAGCGCGAACCCAAAAUUGUCGUCGUCUCCACUCUUCCAGAGUUCUCCAAUCUCACGAAUCCUCAACCCCGCCCCUCGGUUAAAUAUUCCCCUCUCGAACUCGUGGUGCAUCAGAUCUACGGCUUUGCUUCUCGCCGCCAUGGAUUCAUAGAGCAGAAUCGGAUCGAUUUCGCCCCUGAUUUUACCAUGGCCUAUGAGACUGCAUUUUUUUGAGAAUUCGGCGACGGAGUAAUUGCUUAUCUUCAAGGGAUGAAUCCAUAUAUUGUUGGACUUUUAGUCGCACUUCUAGCUUCAAUCAUCUUACUGAAACCCAACAAUGUGAAGAAACGAGGGUUGCCAGUUACUGUCGGUGGAGAACCUGGAUAUGCAGUUCGCAACUACCGUUUCACUUCUCCAGUGGAAUCUCUCUGGGAAGGUAUCUCGACACUGGCUGAGCUAUUUGAACAAUCUUGCAAGCGCUUUGAAUACAGGCCUCUGUUUGGAACUCGGAAACUUAUAGCAAGGGAAACAGAAGUAAGACAAGAUGGAAGAUCCUUUGAGAAGCUCCAUCUGGGAAACUAUGAAUGGGUCAAUUAUGGUGACGCUUUCAAAGCUGUUUGCAGUUUCGCAUCUGGUUUAGUGCAAGUUGGUCACAAAAAUAAUGAGCGGGUCGCAAUAUUUUCUGAUACACGGGCAGAGUGGUUUAUUGCCUUACAGGGUUGCUUCAGGCAGAAUGUCACUGUUGUUACUAUAUAUACUUCACUCGGAGAGGAGGCUCUUUGUCACUCUUUAAAUGAGACAGAAGUCUCAUCUGUAAUUUGUGGGCAUAAGGAACUAAAAAAACUGAUUCUUGUGAGUAAACAGCUCAACACUGUAAAACGUGUUAUUUAUAUCGAUGAGGAGGGUGUUCCAAGUGAGGUUUCAUUGGCCCAGAAGAAUAUUGGUUGGAUGAUAACAUCAUUUGUCGAAGUAGAGAGAUUGGGCAGGGACAAGCCUGUGGAUGCAGAUCUGCCUCGCUCAGCUGAUAUUGCUGUGAUAAUGUAUACAAGUGGUAGCACUGGUCUGCCAAAGGGAGUAAUGAUGACACAUGGCAAUGUUCUAGCUACGGUUUCAGCUGUUAUGACUAUCGUCCCUUCUAUUGGGACCAAAGAUAUAUACUUGGCAUACCUACCACUUGCUCACAUUUUUGAAUUUGCUGCAGAGAACGUACUGGUUGCUGCAGGAACUACCAUAGGGUAUGGCUCACCUUUGACUCUCACUGACACAUCAAACAAGAUAAAGAAAGGAACAAAAGGUGAUUCUUCAGUCUUGAGGCCUACACUGAUGACUGCUGUACCUGCUAUACUUGACCGUGUUCGUGAUGGUGUGUGGAAAAAGAUAGAUGCUAAGGGUGGAUUAUCGAAGAAACUAUUUAAUGCUGCAUAUGGUCGUAGAUUGGCUGCAAUUAAUGGAAGUUGGUUUGGAGCAUGGGGUCUAGAGAAGGUUUUAUGGGAGUUUCUUGUCUUUAGAAAUAUUCGAGCAGUUUUAGGAGGACAUGUACGUUUUCUACUCUCGGGUGGAGCUCCUCUAUCCGGCGAUACUCAAAGAUUCAUCAGCAUAUGUCUUGGGGCUCCAAUAGCGCAAGUAUAUGGUUUGACGGAAACUUGUGCUGGCGGUUCAUUUUCAGAACAUGAUGACAUAUCUGUUGGCCGUGUGGGUGCUCCGCUUCCAUGUUCAUAUGUCAAGUUGAUUGAUUGGCCAGAAGGUGGAUAUUUAGUUACAGAUUUACCAAUGCCUAGAGGGGAGAUUGUCAUUGGAGGUCCAAAUAUCACUCUUGGAUACUACAAAAUGGAAGGGAAAACAAAGGAAGUUUACAAGGUUGAUGAGAGAGGAAUGCAUUGGUUUUACACUGGUGAUAUUGGAAGGUUUCACCCUGAUGGCUGCCUAGAAAUCAUUGAUCGUAAAAAAGAUAUAGUGAAACUUCAGCAUGGCGAAUAUGUCUCUCUGGGAAAGAUUGAGUCUGUCUUAGUUGCCAGUCCCUAUGUGGAUAGCAUCAUGCUGCAUGCUGAUCCUUACCAUAGUUUCUGUGUUGCACUUGUUGUUGCUGCACAACGUGCCUUGGAAGAUUGGGCUUCAAAGCAGGGAAUAAUCUACAGUGAUUUUUCAGAUUUAUGCCAAAAAGCGGAAACUGUGAAAGAAGUUCAUGGUUCACUGUUUAAGGCGGCAAAACAAGCACUUUUGGAUAAGUUUGAGAUCCCAGCUAAGAUCAAGUUGAUUCCUGAACCAUGGACACCAGAAUCUGGACUGGUCACUGCUGCACUCAAGAUCAAGAGAGAAGCCAUUAAAAAGGCAUAUGCUGAUGACCUUGCAAAGUUAUAUGCAUGAAUCUGCGGUAUCUUAAGAGGAAAUGCACAGAGCUGCAAGUCAAGGCAAAUUUACUCCUUUUUGCCUGGCAUAUCAGAUGCUUAAAUAAAAUGCACUUGGCAGGGUAUGUGGUUAAGGCAAAUAUUAGUAAAGAUAAAUGAAUUCUAAUGUAUUUUAAGAAAUGUGUUUGAAUUUGGGGAGCAGAAAUGUGUCUAAUCUGGAGGCAGAACUUAAUGCAGAGUUGUCAGCUGGAUAUUUUAAUAUAUUUUGUGAUUAUUAUAUGAAUAUAAAUGUGUCAUGGACUGAA